AUGCUCUGGGGAUGGGAUAAGGACAGGUAUGAGUCCAUGAGUCAUACCUUUCGCCUCCCAUCGUUGGCCCUUCCCAUAACGUUACCCGGGAAUGACCCUACACCGGAUCGCCGCAGCCAACUUCCCUGGGCACCUUUUCCCUCCCUCCCUGAUUUACGUAGUGGCCUUCUCAAACCUGACACUGUUCGCGGGAUAUCACUUGACGUGGAUCAAUAUCAAGCAUUUGGAAUGCCUAGGAAUAGACUUCACAAAGACAUCUCGACGGCCAACCUUCCUGUCUUAACGGAACGCGAAAUUUUGCGCAACUUGCCUAUUGUCGUAGAUGCGGACCGACCCGAGACUGCUCCAGGUGCGCGGCGGUUUGUCAAGUGA